AUUAACCCGCAGGGCUAACCUGGUGCCUGUAACCUGGGUAGGUACCUACAUCCUUGUUUUUAUUUAGUAGAUCCUCUAUCCCUCAGAGACUCUGGAUUCCCUGAAGUCUUCUCUUCAUCUGGUGACCCUGGGAUGAUGUUUUCAAGUCCUUCCAGAGAGGAAUGUCCCAAGGACCUGGGUAGGGUAGGCAUCAUGGCUGCCAGCCUCACAGCAUUGCUUCUACUUCAGGCGGUGUCCUGGGCAUCAGGUGCCCGCCCCUGCAUCCCUAAAAGCUUUGGUUACAGCUCAGUGGUCUGUGUCUGCAAUGCCACAUACUGUGACUCUCUUGACCCCCUGACCCUUCCUGCCCCUGGCACCUUCAGCCGCUAUGAGAGUACACGCAGUGGGCGUCGGAUGGAGCUGAGUACAGGGACCAUUGAGGCCAAUCGUACGGGCACAGGGCUCCUACUGACCCUGCAGCCAGAACAGAGGUUCCAGAAAGUGAAGGGGUUUGGAGGGGCUAUGACAGAUGCUGCUGCUCUCAACAUUCUUGCCUUAUCACCUCCUGCCCAAGAUUUACUACUUAAAUCGUACUUCUCUGAAGAAGGAAUUGAAUACAACAUCAUACGGGUACCCAUGGCCAGCUGUGACUUCUCCAUCCGCAUCUACACCUAUGCUGACAGCCCUGAUGACUUCCAGUUGCACAACUUCAGCCUCCCAGAGGAAGAUACCAAACUCAAGAUACCCCUGAUCCAUCGGGCUCUGAAGUUGUCUCAACGCCGUGUUUCACUCUGCGCAAGCCCCUGGACAUCACCUACUUGGCUUAAGACCAAUGGGGCAGUGAAUGGGAAGGGGUCACUCAAGGGCCAACCAGGGGGUGUCUACCACCAGACCUGGGCCAAAUACUUUGUCAAGUUCCUGGAUGCUUAUGCUGAGCAAAAGUUACAGUUCUGGGCAGUGACAGCUGAAAAUGAGCCGUCUGCAGGGCUGAUGAGUGGGUACCCCUUCCAGUGCCUGGGCUUCACCCCUGAACAUCAGCGAGACUUCAUUGCCCGUGACCUGGGUCCUACCCUUGCCAACAGUACUCACCGAAAUGUCCGUCUGCUCAUGCUGGAUGACAACCGCUUGCUGUUGCCCCACUGGGCACAGGUGGUGCUGAAAGACCCAGAGGCAGCUAAGUAUGUUCAUGGCAUUGCUGUACACUGGUACCUGGACUUUCUGGCUCCAGUAAAAGCCACUCUGGGGGAGACACACCGCCUGUUCCCCAACACCAUGCUCUUUGCCUCAGAGGCCAGUGUGGGCUCCAAGUUCUGGGAACAGAGCGUGCGUCUAGGCUCCUGGGAUCGAGGGAUGCAGUACAGCCACAGCAUCAUCACGAACCUCCUGUACCAUGUAGUUGGCUGGACUGACUGGAAUCUUGCCUUGAACCCUGAAGGGGGACCCAACUGGGUGCGCAACUUUGUUGAUAGCCCCAUUAUUGUGGACAUCACCAAGGACACAUUUUAUAAACAGCCCAUGUUCUACCAUCUUGGCCACUUCAGCAAGUUCAUUCCUGAGGGUUCCCAGAGAGUGGGGCUGGUUGCCAGUGAGAAGAGCCACCUGGACACAGUGGCCCUGAUCCACCCUGACGGAUCUGCAGCAGUUGCAGUGGUGCUGAACCGCUCCUCUAAAGAUGUGCCUCUUACCAUCAAGGAUCCUGCUUUGGGCUUCCUGAAGACCAUCUCACCUGGUUACUCCAUCCAAACCUACCUGUGGCGUCGCCAGUAAUGGAGCAGAUAUUCAAGGAAGCACCAAGGCUCAGUGUCAUCAGCUUACACCUCUCUCCCUGCCCAGCAGGCAGAAAGCCUCUGGAUGUCCCAGCAGUACUCUGAGCUUGAUCUCUGGCUUAGUAUUUUACUGCAAUACAGUGACAUCAUAUGUCUUUCCCCCAUCAGACUAUGUACUCCUUGAUGUUCUGGGUCACCUGUGUCUAGUGUGGCAUAUGUCUGGUGCUCAAUAAAUAUGUGUUCCACCACGAUUGCA